GAUCGCCGUUGCAGGCGCAGCCCUGCUGGCCUGCAUCGGGCUCGUGGGCUCGCACGUGCAGGCUGCUCUCGGCUUCGUCGCCGCGGCACCGGCCGCGAGCGCGCCGCAGGGAGCAGCAGCCUGGCUGGUGCGGCCCGCCAGUGGGCCGUUGCGCGUUUCGGCGCCGCGGUGCGGCACAGAGUUGGGUACGGCCAGCAUGGUCGCCGCGGCGGCCGCUUUGGCCGGGACGUUGAUGGGCCGCCGUCGCGUCCAGGUGGCGACGCAGGCCUCCAGAGUGGGUUUGCCCAGAAAGUUGCAGACGGUGAAGGGGAAGAAGCCGAUCAUCCACCGCGUGAUCUUCAGGGACAUGCUCAGUAACGUGCACAAGCCCUUGAUGAAAAGGUUCAACCAAGAGGGCAAACUGAACGAGCUUGAGAAAUGGACGAAGAACAUGGCCUACGGGAAGAUGAAGUUCAGGUUCACGUCCAGGCACUUCACCGACGACCUCAACAUGAUCGACGCUGCGAUGGGCGGCAACGAUGGCGGAGCGCGCAAGGAGCCAGUCGACCACCAAGUCGGGGACCCGUAUUACGUGCGCAAGUAUAUGGAGCCCGCGAAGUUCAAGAAGCUCGAACUCGCGUCGUGGGAGAUGCCAGAAGCUUUUGCCACCAGCGUCACGCUGAAGGAGCUCAUGGAUGCGGAUAUGAUCAAGUUCUUGUAUGCGGACCACGACGGCACGCACAUCUUCGAUCUUGUCCAGACCGCCGCCUGGCUGAAUCGGGCGUGCUAUUACUGCAAGGAGGCCGCCAUGAAGGGAGCGAAUUUCAUCUUCGUGGGAACCAAGGACCAGGCCCAAGAUGCCAUCAGGAAGGCGGGGAAGCGGACGAACAGCCCGUACGCCGAUAGCCGGUUUGUCGGCGGCAUGCUGACCAAUUUCCGGUGUCGCCAAGAGAGUAUCCAGUUGAUGGAGUCCAUGGAGAAGCAGCAGGCGCAGGGCGUGUGGGAAGGCGACUCCGAGGCAGUUCGAGGAGAGAAAGAGAGGAGACUGAAGAAGCUGCAGCGCCUCUACAAGGGCAUGCAGGAUAUGGACAAUUAUCCCGACAUCGCCAUUAUCGAGUGCAGCAGCAUUGGAAUCCCUGUGAUUUGUCUGACCGACUCCAACAACAACCCGAAGAACAUCGACCUCCUCAUCCCCGGCAAUGCGUCAGGCAAAAAAUCGAUCGAACUCAUCAUCGGCAAGCUCGAGGAAGCGAUUGUAAUUGGCCAGAGCCUGAGGAAGGCAACGGCGCCAGCCGACCGUUUCGUGCACUUCAAGGCGUGGGACCCCUGGCUGUGGAGCCCGGACCGCGACCGCGUCUUCAGGCGCAGGUCCAAGCGCCAGCCAUGGCACAAGCAAGAGUUCGGCAGCUACGAGGCGCUGGUCAAAUCCAGGCCGUACGGCUUCAUCACCCCGUGCAUCCCGUACAAGAAAUGGUCGUGGAGCAUCUUCAGGAACAAGUGA